UCUACAGCACGAGAACUGUCACGACUGUUUGGAGUGUGCCAUGCUCCAAUUAUACAACAUUUUUCUGAAUCUAUUUUAGGUUCAACCACAAUCAGGUGUUUUGAUCAAGAAGAGAGGUUUAUAAACAUAAUCCUAAAGUUGGUGGAUAGGUAUUCCCGGCCCAAGUUUCAUUUUUCUGGUGCAAUUGAGUGGUUAUCCUUCCGCAUGGAUAUGUUAGCAUUAAUCACAUAUGCCAUUUCUUUGAUUUUCUUGAUCUCAGUGCUAAAGGGAGUACUUAGUCCUGGUGUUAUGGGUAUAGCAGUCACAUAUGGGCUUAGUUUCAGUAUGCAUGGGCUAAUGUGGGAUCUUAGCGUUCUUGAAAGUAAAAUCAUAUCUGUUGAGAGAAUACUGCAGUAUACUUGCAUUCCUAGUGAACCCCCUUUGUUAAUAGAAGAAAAUAGGCCAGGUCAUGAGUGGCCAUCACAAGGGAAAAUUGAUAUUAUUGAUCUACAGGUUCAGUACGCUCCACACCUUCCUUUUAUCUUGCGAGGUAUCACAUGCACUUUUUCCGGAGGGAUGAAUAUUGGCAUAGUUGGGCGAACGGGGAGUGGUAAAUCUACUCUUGUACAUACUCUCUUCCGCAUAUUUGAACUUACUGCUGGGCAGAUUUGGAUAGAUGGUAUUGAUAUCUCCAAAAUUGGACUUCAUGACUUACGUUCAAGAUUGAGCAUCAUCGCACAAGACCCCAUAAUGUUUGAGGGGACUCUAAGAACAAAUCUUGACCCACUUGGAGAGUACACUGAUAAGCAGAUCUGGGAGGCUCUAGAUAAAUGCCAGCUUGGUGAUGAUGUUAGAAAGAAGGAAGGGAAGCUUGAUUCUACAGGUUGGUUUCUUCUCAUAUACACUUUGUACUUCUCAGCAUUAAGUUAUCCAUACACGAGCACAAUCCUUCCAAAUUUCUUAUCAUAUGAUGUGUCUGACUUUUACAUCACAAUCUAA